AUUUAUCUUUUAAUUAACUUAGAAUAAUGUAUUUUGUACACGUAUGUUAAUACCAUAAACGGUUAAGAUUCAUCAGUACAACAAAACUUUUAUCAACUACAAAUUAUAACAUUUAUCAAACAUAUAACAAAUUAUCAGUGAAUUAUAGAAAAAAGAUUAUUUAAUAUAAGAAAAAGUGUAAUUGUUAGUUCAAUAAUGUGUCAGGUCGCGCAUCAGCAUAGAUUACAUAAAUAUACAACUUUAUUUUUAAGCAUAUUGUGCAUAGAUAUUUUUGCUACAUAUUAUAUAUACUUAUAUAUGAAAGCAGAUACUGGCAAUAAAAAAAUAUAUUAUAUUUUACGAUGGAAAGUGAUAAGUAGUUAUAAUCCAUUGCAUCUUUUGGGCACAGGAUCCAGUAAAUUUAUAGAAAUGAACUGCCCAUAUCAAAACUGCUACGUCACUGAAAAUAGAAAUUUUUUAUUAAAUGUAACAGAUUUCGAUGCUAUAAUAUUUAGCGGCAUACACACAAGAAAAUAUACUCUAAGUUUUUUGCCCCAACAGAGGUCGCCCUCACAAAAGUAUAUAUUUGCAAUGAAUGAACCAGUUUCCUAUUUUCUGACUUGUAAUCCUCUGUUGGAAAACUUCUUUAACUGGACGUGGACUUAUAAACUUAGUUCAGACAUUCGAUGGUCUUACAUACUAAUAUAUGACUUGCACGGCAAUGAAGUGGGCCCAAAACUAGACAUGACCUGGCCUACGGAGAUGAAACCUAUUCGAGAUAAAAAAACGAAGGCUAUAUUGGAUGGCAAAUCUAAAGCGGCUGCAUGGUUUGUGUCACACUGUGUAACUGAUAGCCGAAGAGAAAAGUAUGUUAAAAUAUUGAAACCAGAGUUAGCAAGACUAAAUCUGAUACUGGAUGUGUACGGAGCAUGUGGUAAUUUGGUAUGCCUUAAGAGAGACAAAAAAUGUAAUGAACUGGUGAAAACAGACUAUUAUUUUUAUUUCUCCUUCGAGAACUCUAUCGCGUGGGAUUAUGUGACGGAGAAACUUCUGACCGCACUGCUUAAUUACGCCGUCCCUGUGGUUUACGGUGGCGCAGAUUAUACUCAAUUUUUACCUCCGGGGAGCUAUUUAGAUGCACAUAAUCUUAGGCCAAUAGAACUAGCGAGAACAAUGAAGGAAAUAAUACAAAAUAAAACCAGAUAUUAUGAUUUCUUUCGGUGGCGAAAUCAUUUCGUAUACAAACACGGAGAGAACGCUUCAGAAAUUUGUAACGUUUGUACUGCGCUCAAUAAAAACAUACCCACAAAUUUAAAUCUUCGUGAUGGAUUUAGGUUUUGGUGGGCGGGCGAGUAUAAAAAUAGUUUAAAAAGAUGUAUGAGACAACAGUUAACACCCUAACGUAUGGAUUUGAUAUAUCGAUGAACGUAUGAGAUUUUUAAGGACUGUGAUUUGCUAUCAGUUCCAGUGGCGAAUUAUUUUAUAUUUUAACAUAUUUUAUUGUUUAGUUGGCAUUAUUUAUUCAAAUGUAAUGUUAUGGGAACUUUGUAAUUAUUUGACUAUGUAAAAUAGUUUAAAUAUGCAUAUUGUAACAAACAGUUUCAUAGAAUAAACUUUUCGUUUCGAUCGCCCGAGUCAGCGCUACAAUGUUGUACGGAGUUUAAAAAGGGCCACUGGAAUUGUAUGUAAUAAUAAAGAGUUUUAA